ACCACGUGACCCACUCCCUCCGCACGCUGCUUUCUGUCUGAAGGUGAAGUUGCUGCUAAACGCGUCUCUACAGGUAGAAGAUGUCGACCUUGUCUGCAGCCAGCGUGGAGACUCCAGCUGUGGCCGGUGAAGCCGAGCAGAAGAAGCCGCUGAAGCCCUGCUGCGCCUGUCCGGAAACCAAGAAGGUCCGGGACGCGUGCAUCAUCGAGAAGGGCGAGGAGAAUUGCACAGAUCUCAUCGAGGCACAUAAAGACUGCAUGAGAGCGCUUGGAUUCAAGAUCUGACCUGGUUUCUUCUCCUUUCGGUUCCUGCGUGUGUGUUGCUGUUUGGACGCUGAGCCCGGCCCCCCCUCCUCCUCCACUCCUCUUCUUAUUUAUACCUCUGCUGGAAGGGAAAUGUGAUCAGAAGCACUUCGUUUGAGGGAUUUCACUCUUUCUGUGUGGACACUGUUUUUUUUUUUUUUUUUUUUUUUUAUUGUAAUAUUUGAGAAAUGUGUGUGAGACUUCAGUGAAUAAAGUCCUAUGCAAUGAGCUGCUGGUCGGCGUCGUGAGUCCCGGGCUCGCCUGGAGGCUCCGGUGAAGCCCCGCUCUCCCGGCCCGCCACAGCUGCUCCUCCCGGUAUGCUCUUAUGCUUAAAAAUAACUCCUGCCCUGCACAGUCAAUACUUGGCAUAUCUGCAUUCUUCCUCUGCGGCGCGUCGCCGUCACCGAAGUGCGGCGUGUGGAGGAGCGGCGGGAAAUGUCAGGCCGGAGGGUUUUAUCAGCAAACAUCAGCCGAUUAUUAAUGAGGGGAAUAAAGACUGAACUGAAGGUCUAGAAGUCAAGUUACAUGAAAUUAAGAAGGUAAAGGCAUGAGAACCACAAGGAGCCAAUAAAAUA